CGGCGCUUUGGCCGCAGUUCGCCUACAACGACGGUCGGACGUGUAACUCAUUUAGAGUUGAAGAAAUACCAGGCGAAAAAUAAAAGGCAGGGGUGUGUAUAUGUGUGUGCGAGAGGGGAUAGGCUGCAUUGGGAGCAGCUAUGGGUGAGAUCGAGGGCACCUACCGCUCCUUGCAGACCUCUGCAGGGACACGGCUCGGAGCUCAGUACAACACCGGCAUCAGCACCCUGGAGCCCGGGCAGAGCCUCGGUUCAGCUAUGGGAGCAGGAGGGAAAGGCCACAACAGGGGCCUGCAGAUCCGCGUCCAGGGCCUGGAUGAUGCUCAGGAGUUCUAUGACCUUGAGUCAAAAGCGGAUGGGCAAACUUUUUACUCUGAAGUGCUCAGACGGAUCAAUCUCAUUGAGAGCGAUUACUUUGGUCUGGAGUUUCAGAACCUGCAGAUGAAAUGGGUUUGGCUGGAGCCCACCAAGCUCAUAGUGAAACAAGUGAGACGGCCGAUGAACACACUCUUUCGGCUGUCAGUGAAGUUCUUUCCUCCAGAUCCUGGUCAGCUUCAGGAGGAGUUUACUAGGUACUUGUUUUCUCUGCAAAUCAAGAGGGAUCUAAUAGAGGGCCGACUGAACUGUACAGAAAACACUGCCGCCCUGCUGGCCUCUCAUUUGGUUCAAUCUGAGAUCGGUGACUACGAUGACAUAGCAGACAGGGAGUUUCUGAAGAUUAAUAAAUUGCUGCCAUAUCAGGAACGUGUGCAAGAAAAGAUCAUGGAGAUCCACCGCAGACACAUUGGGCAGACCCCAGCAGAAACAGAUUUCCAGGUUCUUGAGAUCGCUCGUAAACUGGAGAUGUAUGGGGUUCGCUUUCAUCCUGCCGCUGACCGAGAAGGCACCAAGAUCAACCUGGCUGUCGCACACAUGGGCCUGCAGGUCUUUCAGGGCCACACCAAAAUUAACACCUUCAACUGGUCUAAAAUUCGGAAGCUGAGCUUCAAGAGGAAACAAUUUUUAAUUAAAUUGCACCCAGAAGUUCAUGGUCCUCAUCAGGAUACGCUGGAAUUUCUAAUGGGCAGUCGAGAUCAGUGUAAGAUCUUCUGGAAGAACUGUGUGGAGCAUCACUCGUUUUUCCGUCUGUUAGAUCAGCCUCAGCCCAAAUCCAAAGCCAUCUUCUUCAGCAGAGGAUCCUCCUUCAGAUACAGUGGGAGGACACAGAAGCAGCUUGUUGAGUACGUGAGGGACAGCGGGUUGAGAAGAACUCCUUACCAGAGGAGGAACAGUAAGAUUCGCAUGUCGACACGUUCCUUGGCUUCUGAUGUGCCAAAACAGAAUCUGUGUUUUAACGACAGUCUAAGGUCUCCAGUACCUCCUUCCUCUGUCACCGCCUCCGUCCACUCCCUGCAUGCCCCCAGCUCACCCAUGCGGAUGGAGACCCCGAACCAGCCUGUGCAUCUCCAGCAGACGCAGCAAUCCGCCAGAGCCCCCAGCCCAAUGCAGCAGGACUCCAUCAAGACCAACUCCCAAUCCACCUACGCCUUCCCAGACUCUACCACUGACAGCCCACAGCCCUCUCCCUUCAACACCAAGGGUCCUCUGUGCCUGUCGCCCUCUUUCCAGAUGUCCACUCUCAGUCUUCCCGGCCAGGCACCUUCACCCCUGCAGAGCCCCAUCUUGAAUGAGGUGGACACUGCCAGACUAGAGGAAGACGAAGAGGGCAGGAGGAAGAGAUAUCCCACCGACAAAGCCUACUUCAUUGCUAAAGAGAUUCUGACAACAGAGCGGACUUACCUGAAGGAUCUGGAGGUCAUCACAGUGUGGUUCCGCAGUGCAGUGAUUAAAGAAAACGCAAUGCCUGAGGGUCUCAUGACCCUCCUGUUCUCCAACAUUGACCCCAUCUAUGAGUUCCACAGAGGCUUUCUCAAAGAGAUUGACCAAAGGCUGGCUCUCUGGGAGGGGCGCUCUAACGCUCAUGUAAAAGGAGAUUACCAACGAAUUGGAGAUGUUAUGCUGCGCAACAUGUGUGCUCUGAAGGAGUUCACAGGCUAUCUGCAGAAGCAUGAUGAGGUGUUAACAGAGCUUGAGAAAGCCACAAAGCGUGUGAAGAAGUUGGAGACUGUGUAUAAGGAGUUUGAGCUGCAGAAGGUGUGCUACCUGCCCCUCAACACCUUCCUGCUGAAGCCCAUCCAGAGACUCAUGCACUACAAACUCAUCCUGGAGCGUCUGUGUAAGCAUUACGUCCCCCAGCACAGAGACUACGAUGACUGCAAAGAGGCUCUGAAAGAAGUUGCAGAGAUUGCUGCUCAGCUGCAGAGCAGUCUGAUUCGACUGGAGAACUUUCAGAAGCUGACAGAACUUCAGAGGGAUCUGAUUGGCAUUGAGAACCUUACAGCUCCGGGAAGAGAAUUUAUCAGGGAAGGUUGUCUCUACAAGCUCACCAAAAAGGGUCUGCAGCAGAGGAUGUUUUUUCUUUUUUCAGACAUGCUGCUGUACACAAGCAAAGGGGUGACUGCAACCAAUCAGUUCAAAGUUCAUGGACAGCUUCCUCUGCAUGGGAUGAUUCUCAUUGUGCUGGACGCUCCGGUGGAGGAGAGUGAGAAUGAGUGGUCUGUUCCUCACUGUUUCACCAUAUAUUCUGCUCAGAGGACCAUUGUGGUGGCAGCUAGUUCCAAAGUAGAGAUGAACAAAUGGAUUGAAGAUCUGAACAUGGCUAUUGACAUGUCAAAGAAAUGUCAGGAGAAAUCAGAUCUUCUGUUGGACCCAAGCCUGUGUGAUCGCUCCAACAGAUCAUCAGAUGAAGUGUCUCUGGAGCAGGAGUCAGAGGAUGACAUGAACUCUUCCCGCUGCUCUCUGGACAAGCAGAGCCACCACAGGGCCAACACCACCAUGCACGUGUGCUGGCACCGCAACACCAGCGUCUCUAUGUCUGACCACAGCCUAGCCGUGGAGUAUUCAGUUCUCCAGCCGUGUCUCCAGAGCUCCCCCCUCGGUACCUGCUCGGUCAGGGCCAGAGACCCAACACCAUCACUCGUGUGCUGGUACCGAAACCAGAACCUUUCUCUCAAUGAUUAUCUGCGCAUGAACCAGAACCAGCUGUCUGGUUACCUACUAAGGAAGUUCAAGAACAGCAACGGCUGGCAGAAACUCUGGGUCGUCUUCACCAACUUCUGCCUGUUCUUCUAUAAGACACACCAGGAUGACUUCCCCCUGGCCAGUCUGCCGUUGCUAGGUUACACAGUCAGCACCCCAGGGGAUUCGGAUAGCAUCCAUAAGGAGUACGUCUUCAAGCUGCAGUUCAAAUCCCAUGUUUACUUCUUCAGGGCAGAGAGCGAGUAUACAUUUGAAAGAUGGAUGGAGGUGAUCAAAAGUGCAGCGAGCUCCGCGGGACGCAUGAGUCUGCUUGUACCCAAAGGCCCAGCAGAGAUGAACGGGGGAAGCUGAGUGUGUAAGACUGAUCUCCUGGAGCUGAGGGCUGGGCCCACUGUCUGCCGGGACCAAACACACCAUCAUCACUUUAUCCUUUCUGAUUUGUGGCUCUGAGAAGCAUCAUCAUAAUAACUUGAUUCUUGACUCUGGACUGUUAGCUCUCUGCUUGCUGGGAGUUUGAGCUGCUUAUUGACACCUUGGACCGAAGAAUUUGGUCGAAAAGUAAGCGCUCUGUAAUUCUCUUCUCUAAAUCUUUUCUUCUUGUUUUCUCGCUAAUGAAACAUAAAAUGGGCGUCUUGCUUUUCUAGAACCACAUUAGACUGAAAGAAUUCUUAUAGAAAUACAUUAGACUGAAUUAAGUUAUGUUUGUGUUUAUCUUGCUAAGGUUACACUUAUUGCUGUAUUCAGGUUUUAAGGUCUUUGCUAAGAUGAAUCUCAUUAGGAUGAUAUUUAAUGACUCUUGUUACUCCAGUUUUUUCAGUAGAAAUCUAGUCCCACAGGACUACAAAAAUGCUUUCUAUUAUUUGUCCUGGGACAACAUGACUGAAUACUACUGAAUGGAGUGUUGACAAACAGAGGGUUUGUAUUAAGUCCAGCUGGUGCAGUAAGUGAGAUGAAGGACUAGCGCUGUAAAAUGUGUCUCGCUGAUUUUGAAACAAUGUUACGUUGGUCAGAGAGCACGUUUACAGGGCGCAGCUCAGAAACUGGAGUUCUAUGAUCGAGCGCCUUCGCACUUUUAAAGGGCUGAGGGUGAGAUGUUGGUACAGGAAGGAAUCUGAGAGGAAUAGAAAUGCUAUUUUGAAGAUGAGGCAGCUGAAUUGGCUUGUACAGUAUGUGCUGUCUUCUUCCAGCGUAGGUUAAAGCAUGUCUUGAAGGUUAUUAUUAAGCGACUGUUACUAUUUAGGGGAUUUUUAAGGUCUGAUCCGUUGAUUUUUGAUCUCACAGCAUGAAAACUAAUCAGAUAUUUAUUUUAAAGUGAAGACUGACCAAAAAAUAUUCACUAACCAAACUAAAUGUAAUGUUUUAAAUGAUGUAGUAACAAAUGUCACUAGUUUUGAUUUUUGGGAUACUUGACAGAUAAUAAGCUCAAGUCUAAACUAACCCCCUUAUGGGGAAGAAGGUCAUCCACAGUGUAAUACUGCACUUUUCUUUCAGUUUCUGCCCUCUACACAGAGGGAAGAGGAAAUGGUUCUGGUGAAGUUCCAGUUUUGUCAAAGUUGAAGUUAAAACAACAAUGCAAGAUGUUCUCGGUCGGCCACUAAAUCCUAAAAUUUAAACUGGGAUCAACGGCCUAAAACUGCCUGUUCCCCUUUUAUUAUAUUGUAUAUGUGAAUUU